UCUGCUAACGUUGCUGUGACGUUGCGGUAACGUGAUAUCUUGCGCUAGCUCGGGACAGUUUGAUAACCAUUUCCGCCUAUUUCUCGCAUAUUUCGCAGUGUAUAUGAAGAGGAGCACGUUUAGUGAUACAAUCUGGCAUAAAGUGCUGUUUGUAGAUUAAUAAACGCACCCAAACAAAUGGAACCAAACAAUGGCAGUCGCGCGAGCUGGGCCAUACACCGACGAGCAGAGGGUUCAGUGAACAAAAACAAAGCGGACAUGGCAGUAGAGACACUACAACAACAGAGGCGCUCAGCUGUAUUUGAGGAUAUGCCCCCUCUACCAGACGAGUUGAGCAAAGGUGCAGAGGACAUCAUACCGGGGCGGGACGAGGUGAACUUCAGCGCGGAUUCAGAGUCUUACAGUCCUGCAGGAGUAGCAGGGAAGUUCAUACGUGAGGAUGGGUCUUUAUCAGAGGCAGAAGCCCAUAGAAAAAUCAUAUCCCUCCUUAUUGAGAUCAAGGAGGAACAACAGAGGCAAUGGGCAGUGCUGAAAGACCUACAGGCCAGGGUUUAUGGUCAGGUGUGUGAAGAAGAGGAGGAGGUGCUUGACAUUGAUCUGCCACUACACACUAUGGAACAGCUCGAUGAAACGGAACGACAUCUAGAAGAUGCUGAAGCACAAAGGAGAAUGGUGUCACACCUCUCACGUAUGGGCGGAGCCACGAUAGAUGAUGCAGUCCGACGACUUAUGCACACUGUUCUCUCUUUCAGCUUGGGCUCAGAGCUCAACUGGGUUGGUAGGGGACAAAAAAGAAGCUUCAGAAACACCAGACUGCAGGGUGUUUUAUUUCGUGCUUUAAAGAGGACACCUGUAGGAAAGGAGGCCACACACCACCAGUUUGCUGAUGUAGUGAAGAAAUGGUUGCGGUUUGCCCCUUUCAGACAAAGAGGAAGCGGACGAAGACUGCAUGGCAUACCUCCUGUUGAAUUCAUCUGUCCCAAGUAUAAUAGUACUGUGGGGGAUUGUGACCAGCUUAACCUGGAAUCUGAGGAGGUUAAGGUUACACACUAAAUAAAAUUACAAAGCCACCCAUUUAAUAUGGGGAGGUGAACUUUAAUCAAACAAUUCAAGAGUGUGAAGGGUUGGCUCCUGUCAUGUGUGAAUGUUUUUGUUUUUUGCUCAAAUGAUGUAUUAGGUAAUAAAAUAUUUUCUAUGCUUCCUGCAAAUUAAAAUAUACUGUUGUAACAGUGGAAAUUAAGGAAAAUUAAGGAAUAUGUUUCUGUUAUAAUGUUUGUUACGCCCCUUGUUAUUAUAAAUGUAAUUCAAUAUAUUUCUGUUUAACCUCUGAUGGCAAUUUAUUUCAAAUUUAAAUUCCAAUAUUAAAAUAGUUUUGCAGUCAUGUGAAUAUUAUUAAGAAUUGUAUGCCUUGUGCAUAGUUUAGUGCCAUUUUGCUCGACAAUGAAAAGACUUUGAUUAAAGACUCGAACAAAUGAUUUAGUAUGCGCUACAACAGGAUGUCAAAUUGUUUUAUUUCAAGAAAAAAAAAAAUGUUCCAUAUGUAAAUUAAUUACCUUGCUUAAUAAAAUGGUUACAUUUUGAAACAUUCUGUGGGAACUUUGGCAUUACAUGUGUACUGUGAAAACAGAUAACACCACCAAACCGUCAAAGGCUUGUUAAGACUAUCAAAAUACCCAUAAUACAUUUUUGUUUUUCAGAUUUUUUUAAUUAAAGUGUUUAAGAUAUAUAAACAUUAAGAAACAAUUGUUACAUAUUUUGCAUUUGCACGACAAUUUUGACCCGGGCAUUUAUUGUUGCUUUAUACAUGA